GUUAUGAUAGGCCCUGGGCCCGGAAGGGUGAUGCGGCUGGGGCUUCGCUGGCCUCACUAUGUCUGCCAUUUUCAAUUUUCCGAGUCUGUUGACUGUAAUCUUGCUGCUUAUAUGUACCUGUGCUUAUAUCCGAUCCUUGGCACCCAGCCUCCUGGACAGAAAUAAAACUGGGUUGUUGGAUAUAUUUUGGAAGGGUGCCACAACUGGUGAACGGAAGAGUCCUUAUGUUGCAGUCUGCUGUAUCGUGAUGGCCUUCAACAUCCUUUUCAUACAGCAGCUUGGAAAAAUGCCAGAAUUCUUCAGUCGCCAUCAAAUUUAAAUAUGACAAAAAAGGACUGAUCUGCCGAAAAUAGUGGAAAGAAUGGUUAACCCUUUUAUCUCUGAACAUUGAAUGAGCUACACUUUCAGCUGCUGUUCUCUAUUUUUGUUAUUGGACCAAUGUUCUAUAUAAAUAAUUAGGAUGGAACAUUUAA